CCAUUGUCUCCCCAAACACGUCCCAGACACGUCACCGCACUCCUCCGUCAGACCCCCCGUCGCUCGCCAUGGCCUCGCUCAACACGUCCGCCAACGGGCCCAACAUCACCCGCAGCUACCAGAAUGUCGUCAACACGCCGCCGCCGUCCGCCGCCCAGGCACAGUCGCCGACGUACGGCCAGUGGGCUGUCUUCGCCGUCGCUGCCCCGCUUGUCAGCGCCUUCCAGCAGGACGGCGGGAAAGAGAGCGUGCUGAAGGUCCAGAGCACCGGAGAGGGCGAAUUGCUCGACCUGAUGGACGAAUUCUCAGAUGGCCGCAUCCAGUUCGCCUUUGUAAAGGUCAAGGACCCGAAUUCGUCGCUGCCCAAGAACGUCCUGAUUGCCUGGUGCGGCGAAGGCGUCCCAGAGAGGACAAAGGGCUACUUCGGCAGCCAUCUCGGCGUCGUGUCCAAGCUGCUCCACGGCUACCAUGUCCAGGUCACUGCUCGCUCCGAAGCAGACCUCACGCCCGAGAGGAUUAUCCAGAAGGUCUCUGAUGCCUCUGGCGCAAAGUACACGGGCGGCGCAGACAUCCCUUUGUCGAGCGCGCCCCCUCCUGUUGCCGCGAAGAAGCCUGUCUUCACACCUACAAACGUCGGCGGCGGCGGCGCGGGAUUCAACCCGUUGAGGGGGUCGAGAGCACCUGCACCACGAGGAAACGGCGACGCCGAUGGCUGGGGCGCUGAUGCCCCCGAGCUGACGAGAUCGCAGCUGGAGAAGGUUGGAUCCGCCUACAAGCCUACAAAGGUCAACAUGGCCGAACUCACAAAAGGAAGAGACGACACCACUCGUGCCGCGGGGUCGCAGAACGAUCGUCCCGAGGUUGUCAGAGGCGCAUACCAGCCCAUUGGCAAGGUCGACAUCGCAGCCAUCAGGGCUCAGGCGAAGGAGCAGAAGGAUGACAGACCUACCGUGGUCAAGGGCGCAUACGAGCCUAUUGGAAAGGUUGACAUUGCAGCCAUCCGUGCGAAGGCUGCUGGCGCCCCGGCAUCCUCUGCUCUCUCUCCAGCAGCAACUGGCGCGUCCAACAACGACGGCGAGGAGGAGAGGCCCAAGUCGCUCGCAGAGCGCUCGGCAGCUUUCAGCAACCACUCUGACCGUCUGACCAGCUUGCCAAAGCCCAAGGUCGCCAAUAAGUUCGCUGGAGCGAGCGCUUUCACGGGGACCAAGGCGCCUGCGCCAGGCGGCUUCACCGCUCCCAAGCCUGCCACCUCGGCACCCAUUGGCACCGCGAGCAAGACGUUUGCGGACGAACAAGGCAAGACUCCGGCCCAGAUCUGGGCAGAAAAGAAGGCGGCACGUGGAGAGUCGGUCAACACACCUGCUGCAGCGGCGGCGCCGGUACAACCUCAGCAGAGCGGAGGCGGCGGCUGGAAGAGUGGGUACGCUGGCAAGUCUUGGGCAACUGUCCAGACCACUCGUACAGGACAGUCGGCAAGCAACCUCAGCGAGCAGCGCACUGGUGAUGCCCAGGAGCAGGAAGAGCCUGCUUCUCCGCCUUCUGGAGGUGUUGGUUCUCUCAAAGAUCGGUUCGCGGGUGCCUCACCAAUGGGUGCUCCGGGCUCUCGACCCGUCCCUGAGCCUCAAGCUCCAAGCCCGCCAGUUCUGGACAACUCAAGUAAGCCGAAUGCUGGUGCUCGCGGCGUUCCUAUGCCUGGCCUCCCCAGCCGACCCAGGGAACCAGAGUCUGAGGAUGAGGACUACGUCCCCGCAACGCAGACGCAACGCCUUCCUUCGCCCCCUCGCCAGCCACGCAGCCCCUCUCCUGAGCCUUCUGGUUCUCCAGUACGCAUUGCCAUGCCUGUAGCUCGCGGAAGGGAGCCUGAGCCGCUGUCGCCAGCUGAGGAGCAGCCACCUGCCAUGCCCAACCGAUCGCUUGCACAAGCUGCGGCUCAAGCUCGGGACAUGUCGCCCGAGCCCAAGGUUGAGGCCAGGGAUCCGGCACGUGGUGCUGGUAUUGCUGUUGCUGCAGGUACUUUUGGCGCUGCUGCAGUGGCUGGAGCCGCAGCCGGCGCGGCCAUUGGCUCUUCUAGUCAGGACGAUGAUGAUGCCGGUGCAGGUGCUGGUUCAGGUGCUGGCAGGCGAGCUGUCAUCAUCUACGACUACGAGAAGGCUGAAGACAACGAGGUCGAGCUCCGCGAGGGCGACCAUGUUACCGAUAUUGACAUGGUAGACGAGGACUGGUGGAUGGGCACCAACCCCCAGGGCGAGCGUGGUCUCUUCCCUGCCAACUACGUCGAGCUUGUUGAGGGCGACGAUGCAGGAGCUGCUGCUCCUCCUCUGCCUUCGCACCCCUCCGCGGCGCAGGAGGUGGAGCCCCCAGCUGCCGCUCGACAGGCUGCUGGAAGCUCUGGACCUACCGCUACUGCAAUCUACGAUUACGAAGCUGCCGAAGAUAACGAGCUGAGCUUCCCUGAGGGAGCCACAAUCACAGGCGUUGAAUUCCCCGACGAGGACUGGUGGCUCGGAAGCUACAAAGGCGCGUCGGGACUGUUCCCUGCCAAUUAUGUCCAGCUCGACGAGUAGAAAUAAUUGGUGUACAAAGCCAGUGUUCGGAACCAGAUUAUUGUUUGUGGACCCUGGCGAGGGAAAAGGUUGGGGAUAGCACUGUGACUACAAAUCCAAUAUCUGAAACAAAAAAGUGCCCACGGAGGCAGGGCAUCUCAAUAUCUCCAACUCUGGUACAUGGUCCCCUAUCUGUGUCG